UGCACUGGUCUCGGUAGCAGUAUUUUCAUCUCAGUCCUCGGUUUCCCGCCUUUAAAUAACCAACGCCGCGCCGUAUCUUUCUCUUCCCAAUUCCCAACCCUGUUUCUUUAGGGUUCUUCGACGGAGAGAAGAGAUUGGGGGAAAGAAAGAGAGAGAAACCUUAGGAAAUCCAGUGGAAGAUGAGAGGAGGGACGGUUCGUAUCAACUGGCACGACACCCAGCCUGUCCUAACCCUAGAUGUCCACCCCACAACUCGUCUUCUCGCCACCGGCGGGGCCAAUCACGACAUCAAGCUUUGGGUUGUAACCUCAGAUGAAUCACAAAAGAAACUUCCAGCAGUUUCCUAUCAAAACAGCCUUUCUUAUCAUAGUUCUGCUGUAAAUGUUUUGCGGUUCUCUCUUUCUGGUGAGAAAUUUCUGCUUGGCCUGCCUGAUAGAAUUCAAAAUCUGGUUAACAACAUUGUUAUAGAGAAUGAAGUUUCAAGCCAGAAUGCUUAAUAUAUAUGUAUGGAAUUGUUUUUGUUAGUCAAUCCUUUUCUGCAGUCUGCACAACUUUUGCAUUUUCUUCUCAAAAAAGUAGUUUCCUUUUCUUUGGUUUAACAGAUUCUGUGUACAAUUUUAUGCUUAGACCAAAUAAAUGCAUAUUAUUGCAGUGGAUGUAUCUGCUCAUGUGAGCCAACUUCAGAAAAAAAUUGAUGCACAAAUAUAGAUCAUGGUGUGUAAUUAUUGUAUAUGCUAUGUUAAAUUGUGUUGCAAAAUUCU